AUCUACAUUCUACAAAUUGCAAGUUACAACAAUAAAUUCAAAUAUUUGUAUUUACUAUUUUACUCUGUACCAUUUAGUACCUACCUAAUAGGUACAGUGGUUUUAAAUUUGAAUUUAUUUAUGAUUGAGUUUCAAUAAGCUUUUGAACGUAUAAUCGUUUUUCUCUUAUUAAUUAUUAUCAAUUCCCAUAUUAUAUAGUAAUUGUACUAUUUAUGAACAACAAAAAUGGAGGUAAAAAAUCCACAAGUAGCCGUACUCUGUAACAACGAGGUUUUUGAAUUACUAAAAAAAACUCAAGAAAAUACAAAACUUAUUGGAGGCAUGAACCAUUCAACAAUUUUAUAUGAAGUCAACAAGUAUUUAGAGCAAAGAGCAUGUGCAGAACAAAAUCCAAAUAAAAUAAGGGAAUUCCUUAUCAAAUUAAAACAUAUGCCAAUUAAUCUGUCAAAAAAGGAAAAACUGAUGUUAGUUAACGAUCCACCAGACUCAGUUUUACGAUUAUCCUUGGGUAUCAAAGAUUUCUAUGAUAGGCUCAGCGAACCAGAAACGGAAAUGUUAUUAUUUGCUACAAAAAAAUUUUCCGGAGAGUUCGAAAUUAUUACUAAGCAGGAACUAAUAGAAGAAGAAGAAGAAGAAGAAAAUAACUAAUGAUUGGUUUUUUAAAAUAGUUAAGAAAAAUCAAGACUGAUUUUAAUAAUACAAUUUUAUACAAGUAUUUGUGCAUCAGAAAUGUAUUAUGUGGCAUUUCUAACUGAAAUUUGUUUUUGAAACUUUCUAGUGUUUGAGUAUUGCUUGUAAGACUUAUGCUGUAUAUUAAUAAAUAAAAUAUUAAGCAGUGAUGCCAUUGUCCGCUGAGCACUUCUAUUAUAAUACUUAAUGAAUUGUAAAAUGACGAUUGGUUUAUGAGAGAGUCUUGUCACUUUUAAUUUAUCAACUAUAAAUAUAUUCUUCAUUAUGAUUGUUUAAAUUGCAGUCUCAUCAUAUUUCCUUAAAUUUUACAUGCUCCAGAUAUUUUAUUAUUAAUUGUACUCAAAUGUAUUUUCCAUAGCCCGUUAUAUAACUGCUGUUAUUUAAAUAACUUUUAUUGGUACAUUUGUAAAAUAUCAAAAUAUCAAAUAUCAAUGUAAAAGUUCUCUGUUAAUAAAUCUUAACUAAUAAUAAUAAUGCA